AUCAUUAAGGUGAGGGAAUCAAACAUGGCGGCUGUGAAAAUGAAAAUGACGGCAUUUUUCUAUUCCGAAAAAAGGAGUGAAAGAUAAUUCAAAAACAGGAGCAAAAUGGAAACACAAGAAUCGCUACCAUCGUUUCUGAGGACACGACGGAUACGGACUUUUGUUUUAUUUUUGACAUGGAUAUGUAUGGGAAUGUUCCUGGAAAUCAUAGGGCCGACUCUCCAGGAUCUCAAAGACCGGACCAACUCGGAUUACGAGAGUCUAUCGCAGGCAGUGUCCGGCCGAAGUAUUGGGGCCGUCAGCGGAUCCAUCAUUGGGGGAAUCUUGAUCGACAAACAGGGCCGUUACUGUGACCUUAUCAUUGGUUUUUGUCUUACGGCGGCGGCGGCCGCCACCAUGGCCGUCCCACUUUCUACCAAGGUAUUAUUAACAGGGGCUCUAAUUAUGGUCCAAGGUUUAGCUGAGCUCAUUGUCAACGUAGCCGGUAAUACUACCAUUCUGUACCUGUGGCGAGAGAAAGCCUCCGCGCCAAUGCACAUGCUUCACCUUGGAUUCGGGAUAGGAUGUCUUCUAGUACCACUUGUGGCUAAUCCGUUCCUACCACAAAUGUCUUACCUACCUGACUGUGAAAUAAACUCCAACCUCUCAGUAACAAACGUCACCGACACCAACUGUUCCAUCAACAGUCUUGAUUUUACAACAGUGUUUGAGGAUUCUAUGGUGGAUUACGCGUACGCCAUAGUAGCAAUUCCAACAAUGACCCUUGCAAUGGUGUUUAUGAUUUUUCAAUGUGUGUUCACACAAGUUCACGAUGAGCGUGGGACAAGCAUUAAGAAACGUGACUCGAGAGCCAUGUUGAAUCCUGCUACUUGUACUGACGGAGAUUGCUGUUACGGAGUCCUAUUGUUCUCUCUUGUAUUCAUCUACUUUCUCUUUACAGUAGGAUUCGAAAGAUUUUACACGAAGUUCAUCCGUACAUUUGCAGUAGACGAAUUGAAUUUCACCAAAGACGAAGGUAGUUAUGUCAAUACAGGUUUCUGGGUAACGUUCUCUCUUGGAAGAUUUAUUGGAUUUGCAACUGGGAAAUUCGUCUCGAUUAGAAUAAUGAUGAUAUGUGAAGUAUGUGGUGUGUUUCUUAGUGCACUUGGCCUCUGUCUUGUCAGUAUCUUCAACUUUGAACCGGAAGUGUCAUUUUGGAUCUUCUCUCUGUUGAUUGGUCUAUUCCUGGGACCCAUGUGGCCAACCGGGAUAUACUGGACCGAUUACCACGUGGAAUUGACAGGGAUGGGGAUUACUCUCAUCUGUCUGGCCGGCGGAUGUGGGGGAUUCUCGUGUGUAAGUAUUAUGGGAUACAUCUAUGACGCAAUAGGUCACGUGUGUUUUGUUUACGAGGCAAUGGUGUGUGGACUUUUGGUAUUUGUCAUCGGUCUAUGUCUGAACGUUGUCGGUAUUCGACACGGGAGUCGAUUUGAUAAGGUAAAAGAUGACAAAGCUGUCAUGGAGGACAAUAUAGACAAUAAAAUCUAAUAAGCAUAGAAAGAAUGGAUGUUGUUUAUUUGUUAACAGUCUAGA